GCUGGACAGUUCACUCAGUAGGUCUCAGAUUCAUCACCCACCUUCCAAUGUGGAAAUUAACAAACAACAAGCUGUGAAACCUUUGAGUGGAUGGCUGGCACUCUUUGCCAUCAUGCAGCGGUUGGUGGCAGCUUGCCCUGCGUCAUGUGUGGUGUGCACCAAAGAUGUAACCCUCUGUCACCAGCUCACCUAUAUAGUAGCAGCCCCUGUGACCACCAGGGUUUUAAUCAUCACUGACGGAUACCUCUCCUCCAUCAAGAGCACAAACCUGUCUCUCUUGUUUAAUCUUGCCCUGCUCUCCCUGAGCAGGAAUGGUAUCGAGGAUGUUCAGGAAGACGCCCUGCAUGGCCUUACAAAGUUGCGGACACUGUCGCUGGAGCACAACCAAAUAUCCAGUUCGUCGCUCACCGAUCACACCUUCAGCAAGCUGCGCAGCCUGCAGGUGCUGGUGCUUAGCAAUAAUGCUCUCCGCACCCUGCGAGGGGCCUGGUUCCGAAACACCAGGGGCCUCACCCGGCUCCAGCUGGAUGGGAAUCAGAUCACUAAUCUCACUGACAGUUCUUUUGGAGGUACGAAUCUCCACAGUCUCAGGCAUCUGGAUUUGUCUAACAAUUUUAUUUCCUACGUUGGGAAAGAUGCCUUCCGGCCCCUGCCUCAACUACAGGAAGUGGACCUUUCCCGAAAUAGGCUGGCCCACAUGCCAGACGUUUUUACUCCACUGAAGCAGUUAAUCCUCCUAAGCUUAGAUAAGAACCAGUGGAGCUGUACUUGUGAUCUCCACCCUCUUGCUCGGUUUUUAAGAAACUACAUUAAGUCUUCUGCUCACACACUCAGGAAUGCCAAGGACCUAAACUGCCAGCCGUCCACCACCGCUGUGGCAGCUGCAAAGAGUAUGCUCAGGCUGUCUGAGACCAACUGUGAUUCCAGGGCCCCCAAUCUCACUCUGGUUCUAAAGGACAGACGUCCCCUCCUCCCAGGGCAGGAUGUGGCCCUGCUGACUGUCCUUGGCUUUGCAGGAGCUGUUGGUCUCACUUGCCUAGGUUUAGUUGUAUUUAACUGGAAACUCCAACAAGGCAAAGCAAAUGAACACACAUCAGAAAACCUUUGUUGCAGAACCUUCCAUGAACCCCUGUGUGCUCAUGAGGCAAGAAAUUACCACGCUAAGGGAUACUGUAACUGCCACUUAACUCAGGAAAACGAGAUAAAGGUCAUGUCCAUUGUGGGGUCCAGAAAGGAAAGGCCACUUCUACAGGAAAACAGCCAUCAAGCAACAUUGGCCUCUGAGUCCACAGCCCUUGACGGAUCAUUUAGAAACCUGAAAGGGAAGGAGUGUGGGACAGACAGCGCUUUUUUUUGCCUGGAUGGCAGAUUGCUACAGUCAGGAUGUUCAGAGCCUCCCGGGAAUAUGGCAGCUUUUAACGAAGCAGGCUUACUUACAAGAUAUUGUCCAAAGACAGUUGAAAAGCUAAGGAAUCUUGAGCCUGGCGAAGUCCCAAUCCUGCCACAGCAUGCGAUGAGAACAAUAGAUAUCAGCAGUGACACAUUUAGAAGAAGAUAUGCAACAUCCGCUUCAGCCUUGGCAAGAGAAAGUCUUGAAAAGCAUUUAACAAAUGAAUCAUGGCAGCCUCCAAUAGAAAAAGAAGACAAUGGCUUACAUUCUCACAGGCAGAGACAUUUUAUUACAAGCUCAUCAUCCAAGCCUUGUGAGCCUGAGGAACACUACAUACAAAAGAUCUUACAAAAACAUAGAUCUAAAUAUGAUGAUCCUUGUGGACUGUUAAAACAGAGCAGACCUAGGUAUUUACAGCCAUAUAAUUCUCUUAUCUGUAAAUAUGUACCCUGUGAUCAAUUUCAAGAUUAUGUGACAGAAAAAAAGCCAAAUCGUAGAGAACAAUCAAAGCCCGAGAAAGAACAAAUCCAAAUUAACAGUGCAAUAGAAAAAUUCCUUAUGAGCAGGGAGAACAUAGAUUUAUCUGGGUUAUCAACAAAAAUCAAGAAAACGUAUUCUCCAAAGAGGGUUAGCUUCCAUGAUCCUGACUUAGUUGAAAAAAAUCAGUUGGUGAUGUUACCUCAAACAUCAACCCACCGGAAACAUCAGAAAAAUCUGAGUAACCAACUGACUAAAUUAGAUCUCAAAAAAUGUAGCAAUCCUGGGGAAAGAAACAAAGGACAAAAAUGGUUUACUGAUUCACAGAUUCUGAAAAAGAAGAGAACCAAUCAAUCUGACCUCAAAGGGAAAAUUAAAGGACAAAAUUUAAGGAUGAAAUUAAAUUUACAUCCGUUUAGAAAAGUCAGAGUCCAUCCAGAAAAAGCCUUGCCAGAACUCUCAAAGGAAUGCAAACAAGUAUUGUUACCUCCCAAGAAAUUAUCCAAAACGUCUGAGAAAAAAGCCAAAAUAAACCUUGUGUCUUCUGCAGAUUUUCCUCAACAGCCAGAGAGUAACCAUGUUAGACUCACUUCAAAGAGGCUGCCUCUCAAACAUGCCCCAAAGCACGCCCCGUAUUACAAACGAAACACUAAACGUGCCCCUGUGCUUAGUGCUAGCAACUUGUCUAUAGUCAACCAGAACUCUGUAGAAGGCAGCUGUCACCCAGCUGGUCACAUUCCUGAUGGAAACCCACCAACACUGCCUCAGCCUGCAUCCACUGACACUGAGCACAGGCACUCACUCUCUCGGUUCUUAAUUGAGCAAAUGGAAGGUGCAACUCAGCUAGAAUGGGAAGUUCCCAGUUAUUUACCAACUACUCGGGAAAAGACAGAAAAUGAUGUUUUACCAUCCCAACAUUCCAGGGGGGAUACUGACCAAGGGGCAACAGAGCCCACUGAGCACAUGGGGCAGAACCUAUCAAAGACCAGUGAGCUAAAUCAGUUUUCUUUAUCCCCGAGGAAUCAAACACAACUUUUAGGUGUCUACAAGACUGACACCUUGAACAAGGAAUACACUUUAGAUCAAAACCAAGCUUUGCAACACAAAGUACAAAACUCAAGUCAUGAACAAUUUGGAAAUGAAGAAAAAACAUUAAUGACAACCCCCCCAAUAUUACAUCAGAUUGUGGAAAAUUGUAUUAUGGAUAAGGAAGGAAAUGAUGUAGGAAAAAAACUUCCUGAAACAGAAACUUAUGAUUCCUCUCUCAUUUCCCAGACACAAUCCAAGAACAACCUAUCACUUAGGAAGACAAAUUCGAUUCCAUACCAAAAUAGAAUAGAGCCUCCCAAGGAUAUCAGUAUUUCUCCUCUUAGUAGUCAAGCCAUUUGGCAUCUAACCAAAAGCAGUGAAAAAGGAAUUGACAGCGCAAAUGCAUUGCCCAGAGAUGAUGGCACUGAAGCACUAGAGAUAAAUAUAGUAGCAAAAGAAGAGAAAAAUAUGCUUUAUGAAAGCAAGACAGAUUCUAGUAUGUUAAUUCAGACCACACAAAGGACCUUAACAGGCGCUACAAAAGAAAAGCAGCAAACUUGGGAAAAUGGAAAAAGUGAAAAACACGUAUUUUAUGGUUCAAGCUCUGCCGUGGAGAACAUUACAGCUAAAGAUUUGAGUAUCACAAGUUCCCAUGAAACCAAAAAUAAAAUACUUCAUAGUGAAAUAGAUUUUCCAAUUAACAGUAAUAUAGUUAACAAUAAUUUGAGAGAAGUUCAAAAUAUUCAACCAGAUAAAGAUAACAAUGCACAUAAAGAAGGUGCAAUGACAGUGGAGACACAUGAAGUGCUCUCCCUCUUACCAGAGUUAAGAGAUGGUUUUGAGGCAGAAAAUGAGGUGCCUCUAAUUCCUAGCAAAAUAAAUGAAGCUGAAAACUCUGCUCCAAAACCUGUACUGUAUCCACCAUCUGCUGAAUAUGCUAAUACAUCACGUUUAGAAGCAGAACAAAGUGAACAAAAUAACUCAAAUAAUAAUCAUUUUUUACUGUAGCUUUCUUCAAAAGGAUAGACAAACACCCCCUAGCCUUUGCAAACAUUUCAAGUGCAUCAUUUUGGAGGACAAAUCCUCAGGAAUUCUUUGUUAUCAAUUAAAUAAAAGCACAUAGUUUAAUAUAAUACACAAAGAUGGAGCCACGAGAUAUGUUUGACACAAUUAACUGAGUAUGCUUUUCUAAGGAAUGAAAAAAAUGAACAAGAAAAGUUUUGCCUAGUCCUGGAAAAGCAAACAACAUGUAAAACAAACAAACAAACAAACAAACAACAAAAAACCCUCAAACAAAUGAAAGAUUAAAUAAGAAAAAAGUAUUUGAACAGAUUUACAUUUGAUGUUUAUUUUAUGGAAAUUAUUAUACACAUCUCAAUUAGUGGUAUUACAAUAUUGCUUUCCACACAGAUGAUUAUAUAUUCAUAUUUGUGCCUGAUCUGUUUUCCUAAUUAUGGUAUGAAAAUGAAAAUUCAGCUUUGCUUGUGAACUGUA